GCAGACGUCAUCAGUAAAAGUGAAUUUUGAUCUGGAUUAGAGAAUCAGCUAAUCCUAGGCCCAAUAUAAGCUAAACCUACCAAAAAAAUAUAACAACAAAUAAACUCAAACCAAUAAACAAUGAAGACAUUCCGUGUGAACCUGCUGCUGCUGGCCGCCCUGCCUCUGGUGUGCCAUGCCCAUCCCUAUCCCGCAGCGGACAAAUCCCUCUCGCUGGAGGACGUGUCCUCGGACCUGGACAACGAACAGGGCGAGAGCGUGAAGGAGUCACAGAUAGCCAAGCGUUCCGGCAGCUUCGAUUAUGUGGCGCACCUGAAGUCGGGUCUGCUCUCGGGCAUUGGCCAGGCCUCUGCCUCGAUUGCCGGUGGAAGUUCUGGUGGCAGCCACGGAGGCGGCGGCGACAGCUACAAGUCCCACGAGAUUGUGGUCCAUGGCAACUCUGUGGACUAUGAUCCCUGGUCGUUCAAGAAGUCUGUGCUGAACACCAUCUUCCAGGCGGUCAAGGCCAUCACGGGCGGUGUGACUGCUCUCAAGGGUCAGCUGAUCAAGGGCAGCGGGUAUGCCCUGAGUGCGGGUGGCACUCUGGUGGCAGCCGGCGGCGACAAGGUCACCGAUGUGGGCAAGUCCAUCAUCAACUCGGCGCACAUCAACUCCCACGGCUAUGCCACAAGUCACUCCAGCAGCAGCAGCGGUGGACUCUUCGCUAAGCUCAGCUCCCUGUCGGGUGCCUCUUCCGGUGGCAGCAGCGGCCACAAGUCCGUCCCCUCCCCCGUGAUCCAUACUGAUACCAUCACCACGUACGAGAUACCCAGUGGCCACGCCAGCUAUGGUCCGCCAUCCAAGCCGCCGAGCUACAGCAGUGCCACGCACCAGUAUCUGCCCCCGGUGGGCGGCAGCUAUGGAGGCAGCGGCGGCGGUGCGCCAUUCAGCGUCAGCCAUUCGGCAGCCUUCGAGGCACCAUCCAGCAACUAUCUGCCAUCGGCCUAUGGACAAGAUGCGGCCAGCGCCCACAACAGCGACUUCAACAUCUAUGGGCGCCACACGAAGCUGACGGACGACGAGGCACGACGCGCGGCCAAUCAGCUGCAGGAGAUACUCAAUCUGAUGCCCAACGGCAAGACGGAGUACACGGCCUCCAAGACGGUAGAUCUGCCCACGGGCGGCACGGGGCAGGAGCAGGCGGAGGUCUACAACAGCUAUGGACUGCCGCUGCCCAAUAAUCUGGGAACCCUAGAGUCCCUCUCGCACACGGAAUCGAUAACGGCAGCGUAUGCACCGGGAGGGAGGAACCCCGCCGAUGUGUACCAUCAGAUGGCCAAGAGGCCGAGCGGUGGACCGACUGCAGAGGAGCUGUACAUACAGAAGCAUCCCAAUGAGGGCUAUGACUACCCGCCGCCGGCAAAGGCUCCGGCCGUUGUGACCCCAGCGGCGCAAACUGUGAACGAGUAUCGCGUGGAGAACUACCAUGCCAACAAGAGCAACGCCCUCAAGGAUCUGUCGCCCAUCAUAGCCGCCCUGGAGGUGGCCAAGCGCAAGGGGAAUUACCAGCAGAGCGGACCCGUCAACUACGCCAUCGAGAAGCAGGUGCACAAGGAAUUGCCCUUCAAUUACCUGCCGCCGGUGGUGCAGAAGUUCAAGCACGUGUACAGUGCCCCACCGCCGGGCUACCAGAGUCACAGUGGGGGCUACAAGGUGCGCCGCCAUGUGGCCAAGCAUCCCAAACGUGUCUUCCGGCCGCAGGACUACGAGAUACACGACCCGCUGAUGUUCAACCGACUGCUGGAGGUGUGAGGAGAGCAUCCCAGUGACCUGGAGACCAAAGUGUCAAGUGUGCUAGAACCUAGUUGUAGUCCUCUAAGUCAUGUGCAGCAUUUAAUCCUAGAUCGUUGACAGCUAACUUAUUUAUGUAUUUAUAUCCUCAUCGGCAUCGUUAUCGUGAUUAAUUAUUUAUUGAGACUCGCCGAAUAUUUCUUGGUUAGCCAAAUAAAAGAGAGUCCCAAAGCACAGCAUGUACCAGACACCGAGCACCAUUCCCAUUCAACUUUGCUCCUCCUGUUCUUCCUUCCUGUUUUGCACUGCUUGCCCGCACCCACACACCCGCACGUCUACACAUGCAACCACCCCACCACCGCACCAUCAAAUCAGCCGGAUAUCCUUCUCACCUCUCACCGCUCUCUUUACAGUCUACCAGCAGUAGUCGCCACGUAGCCCCCGUAGCGGACCAGGACCGAGCUGUUGCUGUGGACCAUGCCCAUUCCGUUCUACAGCACUCUCCGCCUUCAUGUAUCAUAGAGUUAGUCAAACCGUUCCUGCCCUUCCGUCACCACCAUAACUUCUCCUCCGAAUUCCCUCUCAUUCUAAACGCAUUUCCCGAUCCGAUGAACCCACUAGAACCCACUUUGCGGGGGGUGCCAGCCAGCCAGCCAACCAACAGUGCAGUCAGUGUGCAUUAAUUGAAUUGACUUACCCUUAUUUACCCUUACCCCUAACCCAUUUUACGCUUAAGUAUUUAAAUUACAUAAAUAAAUCGUUGAUUACAA